GGAAGCGGGAGCCCUGGCCCUUGCCGCUCCUCGCCGCUGUCGGCAGCCACUUCCCGGGCGAGACUGCGCCCCCGGAGCACCCCCGGCCGGAGCCGUCUCGCGUGCCGGGAGGAUCGGACUCUUUCCGUCACCCGUUUGCACCUCUGCAGCUGUCAGGAGCGGGUCAGGUGCGGAAAGCGGUGCGGAGGUGGCGCUCAUAGGUUACAGGGGUCAGGGUCUGGGGCUGGCCGUGGUCUUCAGUUACCGCCGAGUGUGUGGGAUCCUUCUGCGCUUGCCGCCUCCACGUGGCACAGGCCAAGGCGUGGCCAGAUCGGUAGAUGGGUUUGUUGGGUGGUUGCUAGCAGUUUCCACGUAACAAGGGAAGCGUAUUUGAGAGUUACUUGAUUCUAACGAGACUGUAGCAGAUUUGCACUUCUUGUUGGAAGACGUUAGCAUUUGCACGGCGAGGUCUGUGAAGCCACAGGCCAGGCCGUGCUGCUCAGCUUGAGUAAAUCCCUGACCCAAGGCCCUCAGGGUGUGAGCACUGACUGCACCUUCCCUAAGCUCGGGUCUCUUCCCCCAGCCUUCCUUUCCCCUGUGGCUUUAACGAUUUGUAGCACGAUGCAGUUCAAAUGGCUAGGAGUCUGGAACGUAGAAGGUGUUGAAUUCAUUGAAAGAAUACAGUGGUUCUCAACUCUUGUUUAAGCCGGGGUUCUUUCUGUUUAUUUAUAUAUUGAGACACAGUAUCGCCCUGUCGCCGAGGCUGGAGUGCAGUGGUGCGAUUUCGGCUCCCUGCAACCUCCGCCUCCGAUUCUCAUGCCGCAGCCUCUCGAGUAGCUGGGAUUACAGCCGCGCAGCACCACGCCCGGCUAAUUUUUUUUUGUAUCUUUAGUAGAGACGGGUUUCACCAUGUUGGCCAGGGUUCUCUACAACUCCUGACCUCGUGAUCCGCCCGCCUCGUCCUCCUGAAGUGCUGGGAUUACAGGCCUGAGCCACAGCGCCCAGACAGAAGGGAUUCCUUUUUUUUUUUUUUUUUUGAGAUGAGUCUUGCUCUGUCGCCCAGGCUGGAGUGCAGUGACGUGAUCUCCGCUCACUGCAAGCUCCGCCUCCCGUGUUCACACCAUUCUCCUGCCUCAGCCUCCCGAAUAGCUGGGAGUACAGGCGCCCGCCACCACGCCCGGCUAAUUUUGUAGAGAUGGGGUUUCACCGUGUUAGCCAGGAUGGUCUCGAUCUCCUGACCUCGUGAUUAAUUUUUUGUAUUUUUAGUAGAGACGGGGUUUCACUGUAUUAGCCAGGGUGGUCUCGAUCUCCUGACCUCGUGGUCCGCCCGCCUCGGCCUCCCAAAGUGCUGGGAUUACAGGCAUGAGCCACCGCGUGCCACCUUUUUUUUUUUUAAGAUGAUGUCUUGCUCUUUCGCCAGGCUGGAGUGCAAUGGCGCCAUCUUGUCUCACUGCAAACCGCAACGCCCUGGUUCAAAGAAUUCUGCUGCCUCAGCCUCCCAAGUAGCUGGGAUUACAGGCACGCGCCACCACGCCCAGCUAAUUUUUGUAUUUUUAGUAGAGACGUGGUUUCACCACCUUGGCCAGGGUGGUCUUGACCUCCUGACCUCGUGAUCCACCCGCCUCGACCUCCCAAAGUGAUGAGAUUACAGUCCUGAGCCACCGCACCCGGCCAGCAGGGGUUCCUUUUUAGAAAGAAGAUCAUUUAGGGAAUCCCUGGUGUGAAGCAGAUAUAAACAGAGUUUCCCUGUUUAAGGAGGGAUGGCCUGGUGGUACUUGUGGUUCCAUCCUGUGCCCUUCCCCGGGGUGCUGGGGAACAUCCUGAGCUGAGGUCUCUGGCCCCGGCUGGGUCUCAUAACCCCAGAGGGACAUUCAGGUUUGGGCCCAGGCCCAGGCUAACAUGGAUAAUCCUAGCUGGGCACCACUGACAGUGCGUGUUCUGUUUUGAAGAGAUGGGGUCUUGCUUUGUCGCCCAGUCUGGCCUUGACCUCCUGGGUAAAAGCCAUCCAACCGUCUCAGCCUCCUGAGGAGAGGGGACUGCAGGCUUGCUCGGUAAUUUUUCUUUUUUUUUUUCUUUUUUUUUUGACGGAGUCUCGCUGUCGCCCAGGCUGGAGUGCAGUGGCGUGAUCACGGCUCACUGCAAGCUCCACCUCCUGGGUACACGCCAUUCUCCUGCCUCAGCCUCCCUAGUAGCUGGGACUACAGGUGCCCGCCACCACGCCCGGCUAAUUUUUUGUAUUUUUUUUAGAGACGGGGUUUCACCAUGUUAGCCAGAAAGGUCUCGAUCUCCUGACCUCGUGAUCCACCCGCCUCAGCCACCCAAAGUGCUGGGAUUACAGGCGUGAGCCACCGCGCCCGGCUUUGCUCCGUAAUUUUUCUGUGUGUUUUUGAGACGGAGUCUGGCUCUGCCGCCCAGGCUGGAAUGCAGUGGCAUCAUCUCUGCUCACUGCAACCUUUGCCUUUGGGGUUCAAGCGAUUCUCCUGCCUCAGCCUCCCGAGUAGCUGGGAUCACAGGCGCCCGCCAGCACACCUGGCUAAUUUUUGUGUUUUUUUACUAGAGACGAGGUUUCACCAUGUUGUUUAGGCUGGUCUUGAAUUCUGGCCUCAGGUGAUUCGCCCACCUCGGCCUCCCAAAGCGCUGGGAUGACAGGCGUGAGCCGCUGCUCAUGGCCUUCCUCGGUAAUUUUAACGAUCAGGUUAGGAUGGGAAUCAAGGGCUGGACUUCAGGGCACCUCGGAGGACAGCGGACGUUGGUGACUGACUUUCUUGCUGCAGGCUUAUUUGGAGGGUUCCUUUGUGUCCUAGUUCCUGGGGGUUUUCACCCGCUAACUUCACUUAGAGAUUGAAACUUCUCCCACUUCCAGAAGCUGAAUCGUAGUGAUCAGCCUGCGGCCCCCUGCAGUGGUACAGGCCUGGUUGAGCAGCCUCAGGCCGCCUCCCCAUAGUGCAGACCUGUGCCUCUGAGUUGCUCCAGUCCUGGCGGCCCCAGAGCUCCUGACCCGCAGUCCGCUCUGCCGGCGUUGCCAGUGCCUUGGUCUGCCCUCUCUGUGGUGGAGUGGGGCCUGGGGCAGGGUCUCCAGGUGCACCGUGGGGAGCCCUCCAUCAGGCUUUUGUUUCCUGUGGAUUGUGUUCCAGGUGUGGGCUCUUUCAUUUUGAUCCCUUCCCUCCUUCCUGGCCUCACUGCUGGCGGGUGAGAGAGAUUUCUCCAGAGUUGACCGCCCCCUUUCCCCGGGUGCUCCCUGCCCUGCCCGUCUGCCUGGUAGCCCCUCUGCAAGCCCGGCCCCUCCCGACGCUCCUGGCUUCCUCCGUGCCCCUUUCCUGGCAGCGGGGUCGCCAAGAUUCGGCCGGAGCCCGUUGCUUUGUCCUUGCUGCUCUCCAGGCAAACGGGCGGCUCCUCCUCACCGACUGCCUCCUCUGUCCCUUGAGGCUAUAGCCCCAUGCCGCCUCGUUCCCAGAGUCUGCCCUGACCCCUCCCCCGGCCUGUCCUUGGAAGUCACAGCAGCACGUUGUCCCAGAACUGUCUGUGAGCACCAGCGCUGGCCCUGCACUCCACAGAGGGGGUGCCUGGAGGAGAGCCUCGUGCCCUGUGGGUGUGAAUUCAUGCGCUGGGAGGCACGUCCCUGGCACAGGGUCACACCGAAGUGGUGAACGAUUGUUCUCAUUCUAAUAACCGAGAGGUCACACGGGCACCUGACCUGCUCUUUCUCCUCUCCUCCUCCCCAGAGUCACUGGGGGUGGGAACUGUCAAUGAGCCAUUUUCAGGGGAGGGAGUGGCCUCAGCUUAAUCCAGCCAAAGGUCCCCUCGGGAGGAAACAGGCAGAGCUCCUCACCGUGACACCCACGUUCCUGUCACUGCUCUGUGGCAGGACCCUGGGGGACUGACACACCCUCGGUCCCCUCGGGGUCAGAGUGAGAGUGGUUGAGGGCCCGGGGCCGCUUCGGCCCUUGGCUUCCCGAGCUUAGAGCUUAGCAGCCAAACCCGUUGACCUGGCACUGUCUUCCCUGAGAGGCAGGUCCCGGUCUCAUCUGUGCUCUGUUCACUGGGGCCCCCGAGGUUGGCUACCAAGGCGCUUGCUGAAAUCUGACGCUGAUGCCCGUCAGCCCAGUUCGUGCCUAACCACAGGCCCAGGCAGACCCACCCCAACACCAAAGCGUCGCCGCCUCUGUCUAAAUGCAACGAGUGCUCCCCACGGCACUUCCCCCUGCGUCAGUCACCUCCAAAAAUUACACCUGAGCUGAGAACAGACGCUGGGCUCUAGUUAGUGACGUGUUUGCUGCAGUUGACUCUGAAGGCUUAAAAAAGUGCGAUGGGCUGCGGGAGGAAGAGAGACGGGAACAAUGCACCAACCCAGGAGCAUCGGGGGUCCCUGCCUACUUUACGCGUCUUUCUGUGUUAGAAUAAUUUUUUUUUUUUUUUUUGAGACGGACUCUUGCUGUCUCCCCGGCUGGAGUGCAUUGCUUCGAUCUCCGCUCACUGCAAGCUCUGCCUCCCAGGUUCACGCCAUUCUCCUGCCUCAGCCUCCAGAGUAGCUAGGACUACAGGUUACGCCAAGGAGGCCCUGAAUCUGGCGCAGAUGCAGGAGCAGACGCUGCAGUUGGAGCAACAGUCCAAGCUCAAAGAGUAUGAGGCCGCCGUGGAGCAGCUCAAGAGCGAGCAGAUCCGGGCGCAGGCUGAGGAGAGGAGGAAGACCCUGAGCGAGGAGACCCGGCAGCACCAGGCCAGGGCCCAGUAUCAAGACAAGCUGUCCCGGCAGCGCUACGAGGACCAACUGAAGCAGCAGCAACUUCUCAAUGAAGAGAAUUUACGGAAGCAGGAGGAGUCCGUGCAGAAGCAGGAAGGCAUACGGCGAGCCACCGUGGAGCGGGAGAUGGAGCUGCGGCACAAGAACGAGAUGCUGCGAGUGGAGGCCGAGGCCCGGGCGCGCGCCAAGGCCGAGCGGGAGAAUGCAGACAUCAUCCGCGAGCAGAUCCGCCUGAAGGCGGCCGAGCACCGUCAGACCGUCUUGGAGUCCAUCAGGACGGCUGGCACCUUGUUUGGGGAAGGAUUCCGUGCCUUUGUGACAGACCGGGACAAAGUGACAGCCACGGUGGCUGGGCUGACGCUGCUGGCUGUCGGGGUCUACUCAGCCAAGAAUGCGACAGCCGUCACUAGCCGCUUCAUCGAAGCUCGGCUGGGGAAGCCGUCCCUAGUGAGGGAGACGUCCCGCAUCACGGUGCUGGAGGCGCUGCGGCACCCCAUCCAGGUCAGCCGGCGGCUCCUCAGUCGACCCCAGGACGUGCUGGAGGGUGUUGUGCUGAGUCCCAGCCUGGAAGCACGGGUGCGCGACAUCGCCAUAGCAACAAGGAACACCAAGAAGAACCGGGGCCUGUACAGGCACAUCCUGCUGUACGGGCCACCAGGCACCGGGAAGACGCUCUUUGCCAAGAAACUCGCCCUGCACUCAGGCAUGGACUACGCCAUCAUGACAGGCGGGGACGUGGCCCCCAUGGGGCGGGAAGGCGUGACCGCCAUGCACAAGCUCUUUGACUGGGCCAAUACCAGCCGGCGCGGCCUCCUGCUCUUCAUGGAUGAAGCAGACGCCUUCCUUCGGAAGCGAGCCACCGAGGAGAUAAGCAAGGACCUCAGAGCCACACUGAACGCCUUCCUGUACCACAUGGGCCAGCACAGCAACAAAUUCAUGCUGGUCCUGGCCAGCAAUCUGCCUGAGCAGUUUGACUGCGCCAUCAACAGCCGCAUCGACGUGAUGGUCCACUUCGACCUGCCGCAGCAGGAGGAGCGGGAGCGCCUGGUGAGACUGCAUUUUGACAACUGUGUUCUUAAGCCAGCCACAGAAGGAAAACGGCGCCUGAAGCUGGCCCAGUUUGACUACGGGAGUAAGUGCUCGGAGGUCGCUCGGCUGACGGAGGGCAUGUCGGGCCGGGAGAUCGCUCAGCUGGCCGUGUCCUGGCAGGCCACGGCGUAUGCCUCCAAGGACGGGGUCCUCACUGAGGCCAUGAUGGACGCCUGUGUGCAAGAUGCUGUCCAGCAGUACCGACAGAAGAUGCGCUGGCUGAAGGCGGAGGGGCCUGGGCGCGGGGUUGAGCACCCCCUAUCCCGAGUCCAAGGCGAGACUCGCACCUCAUGGAGCCUGGCCGCGGACCCCUCCUACCCCUGCCUUGCCGGCCCCUGCACAUUUAGGAUAUGCUCCUGGGUGGGGACUGGGCUGUGCCCAGGGCCUCUGUCCCCCAGGAUGUCUUGUGGUGGGGGUCAGCCGUUCUGCCCCUCAGGACACCCCCUGUUGUAGGCACUGGCUAGGGAGGGGCAGGCCUCCUUCCUGCCCCUCGAGACACUCUUGGGAGAUGCAUUUUCCGUCUGGCUCACAGGGGGAGGGUGAGGCUUUGUACCCCAGCCCCUGCCCAGGCCACUGGGAGGGUGGGUGCUGGCUGAGCCCCUGGGGCAGAAGGAGUGGGGCAGGCGGGGUCUUUGUUCUUGGCUCCCACAGCAGAGCCAGGUGAGCCGGGGCCUGUCAGGACUAGACAGAAGUGGGGCGGCCUGAACACUGCUUCCAGCCGUGGCCAGGGAACCUGGCAGGGGUGUCUGAGGCCGCACUGUCGGCUGGCCGGUCCAAGCCUGUGGCUGGAGCUGGUGUGUGUUUAUCUAAUAAAGUCCCACAGGUGCCUCA